UGGCACGUUAACGAGGCUCAGUUUCUAUUAGUGUUCCCCGCUUAUUUCUCUCCCUUUUGUCACUGAUUGUCUUCCAUUUUUCUCCGAGUUUUUCUCAAACAAAUAUCUGCAACAAACAAACCACAUUUUUCCUUUCCUUUUCUCAACUCAUUCUUCUUUUCUUUUCUCUUUCUCAUGUUCUUUUGCAAUUGCCACCCUCUUCUUUGUUGCAAUGAUGAAGUUGAGAGCUGAAAAUUGAAAGCUAUUCCGAUUUGGUGGAACGCAAACACAAGUUUGGUUCCGUUUUUCUUUGCCUUGCCUUUUGUCAGCUCAUUGUUAUAAUUAUUUUUUUCUCUUUCUCAUUUAGCUUAACAUUGCCACCAUCUCCAUCUUUGCAACGACAUUGUUGAAAGCUGAAAACUAAAAGCUUAUAUAAAACCGCUACGAGGAACUCGAAUACGAUCGAGUUUGGUUCCUUUGAUUUCUCCCGCUGGUUUCCUUGUCACAACAACAUUAUGAUAACAUGAUGUGCUCUCUAUCCAAGAUGUUCUUUCGUUAUCAUGUUGCUGGCUGCAUGCCAAGCAUUUUGAUAACCUUUUGUUGUUAAAUCAGAAGGCUCUUUCUUAUAUGAAUUCGGUUUGCAAAGUCCAUAAAACUUUGUAACUGAGCAAUAGUCAGAUUAGGAUACUAUUUCUCCGUCGUCUCUAGGGGCAGACAAAAUGGCUGUGGUGUUGAGUCACGUGCUUUCCAAGCUUCAUAGCUUAUCAACUUCAGAUCAUGCUUCAGUAGUUUCCUUGAACCUUUUUGUGGCUCUGCUAUGUGCUUGUAUUGUCAUUGGCCAUCUUCUGGAGGAGAAUCGUUGGGUGAAUGAGUCUAUCACUGCCCUUUUGAUAGGUGUUUGCAUUGGCAUAGUCAUUUUGUGGGUUAGUCGCGGUAAAAGCUCCCAUCUUCUGGUUUUCAGUGAAGAUCUUUUCUUUAUAUACCUUCUUCCACCUAUCAUAUUUAAUGCAGGGUUUCAGGUGAAAAAGAAGCAGUUUUUUGUUAACUUCAUAACCAUCAUGCUGUUUGGUGCUGUUGGUACAUUAAUAAGUUGUAGCAUCAUAUCUUUUGGUGUCAUACAAACGUUUAAGAGGAUAGGAAUUGGUUCACUGGAGCUAGGGGACUAUCUAGCAAUUGGUGCAAUAUUUGCUGCAACAGAUUCUGUGUGCACAUUGCAGGUUCUGAGCCAGGAUGAGACACCUCUACUGUACAGUCUUGUAUUUGGCGAGGGUGUUGUGAAUGAUGCUACAUCAGUGGUGCUUUUCAAUGCAAUCAAAAGUUUUGACCUUGAGCAAAUAGACCACAUAGUUGCUGUGCAGUUUUUUGGCAACUUCUUGUAUCUGUUUAUAGCAAGCACCCUACUUGGCGUUUUGGCUGGUCUACUUAGUGCUUAUGUUAUUAAGAAGUUGUAUAUGGGCAGGCACUCAACCGAUCGCGAGGUUGCUCUUAUGAUGCUAAUGGCAUACCUUUCCUACAUUUUGGCUGAAUUAUGGUACCUGAGUGGCAUUCUCACUGUAUUUUUUUGUGGUAUAGUUAUGUCUCAUUAUACAUGGCAUAAUGUGACUGAGAGCUCAAGAAUCACCACCAAACAUGCUUUUGCAACCUUGUCAUUUGUUUGCGAGAUCUUCAUCUUCCUUUAUGUUGGUAUGGAUGCCUUGGACAUUGAGAAAUGGAGAUUUGUUAGUGAUAGCCCUGGAACAUCUAUUCUUGUGAGUUCAGUGUUAAUGGCUCUGGUACUUGCUGGGAGAGCAGCAUUUGUUUUCCCCUUAUCCUUCUUAUCCAACCUGACUAAAAAAUCCCCAAAUAGGAAAAUAAGCUUCAGGCAGCAGAUAAUCAUUUGGUGGGCUGGUCUUAUGAGAGGUGCUGUAUCAAUGGCACUUGCCUAUAAUCAGUUCACCUUGUCGGGACAUACUGAACUACGAGCCAAUGCUAUCCUGAUCACCAGCACCAUCAGUGUUGUGCUUUUCAGCACUGUGGUGUUUGGUUUGAUGACUAAGCCGCUGAUAAGGCUUUUACUUCCUGUUGGCUCCCCUCCUAAGCGGAAAAACAGCAUGACAAACUUAGAGACAGAAUCUUCAUCACCAAAAUCAAUCACUGUGCCAUUUCUUGGAGGUUCCCAUGAUUCCGAAGCAGAUUACGACAGCAGUGAAUUUCAAAGUGAAAGCAGUAUCCGUGGCUUGCUUACCACACCAACACACACUGUUCAUGGCUUAUGGCGGAGGUUUGAUGAUGCAUUUAUGCGUCCAGUUUUCGGAGGCAGGGGUUUUGUUCCAGUAGAAUCUACUACGGCAACUGAACGCAAUGGACAUCAUCAGUGCCAUUAAGAAGAAAGUUCAGGGAGUUCUAUAUAGUUUUAACCCAUAAAAUUUGUGUAGAUCAAGUUAACUAAUGUUUAAGAACACGUUAUAAGUUUAGACGAGCUCGUCUGAUAGUUUAGCAUAGGUUGUAUAUCUCUCAAAAAGCUAUUUUUAAUUUUAGAAUCUUAAACCAUCGCUGUAACACU